AUGCAUGAUGUAGCUGAAUUAUUGACAUGGCAUAUGAACCAUAAAAAUAGUGAUGGGAAGAUGCGUCAUCCAGUUGAUUCUGUUUCAUGGGACUCAAUUGAUGCAAAGUGGCCCGACUUUUCGAAUGAUCCACGAAACUUGAGGUUCGGUCUUGCAACCGAUGGUUUCAACCCAUUCUCUAAUCUUAGUAGUCGAUACAGUUGUUGGCCAGUCAUGCUUGUGACAUACAACCUACCUCCUUGGUUAUGCAUGUCGAAAGAAAAUAUAAUGCUAACUUUACUGAUUCCUGGUCCUAAACAGCCUGGCAAUGACAUUGACAUUUUCUUGCAACCAUUAAUUGAUGACUUGAAAUUGUUAUGGGAUGGAGUUGAAGUUUACGAUGUAGUUAGCAAAUCAAACUUCAAUUUGAGAGCUGUGCUUAUAUGGACAAUCAAUGACUUUCCUGCUUAUGGAAAUCUUGCUGGGUGUACAACGAAGGGUAAGACGGCUUGUCCAAUUUGUGGGGAGCACACACAUUCUCAGUGGUUGUACCACAGUAAGAAAUUAGUCUAUAUGGGUCAUAGAUGCUUUUUACCUCCAUCUCAUCCAUAUAGAAAAAAGAAGUCGUGGUUUGAUGGCAAAGUUGAAGACCGACAAGUUCCUAGGAUUGCAAAUGGGAAUGCAAUCGAUACCCAACUUAAAGAUUUUCAAAAUUUCUUUGGAAAAGUUGAUAAGAAAAAACGAAAGAGACAAAAAGAGUUGAAAGGAAUGUGGAAAAAACGAUCCAUCUUCUUUGACUUACCAUAUUGGAAGGAACUUGUAUUACGUCACAACUUAGACGUCAUGCAUGUUGAGAAAAAUGUAUGUGAGAGCAUAAUAGGCACAUUGUUGGAUAUUAAUGGAAAAUCAAAAGAUGGAUACAAUGCUCGUAAAGAUUUGCAAGACAUGAAUAUACGACAUGACUUACACCCAGUAGAACGCGAGAGUCGAGUAUACCUUCCUCCAGCUUUACACACUUUGUCUAAAUUAGAGAAACAACUGUUUUGCAAGAGGUUAUACGAGUUGAAAGUACCUGAUGGUUAUAGUUCAAACAUUUCUAACUGUGUUUCAGCGGAGGAAACCAAAGUAAUGGAAUUAAAAUCUCAUGACUAUCAUGUGCUAAUGCAACAACUUCUACCGGUUGUCAUUAGGGGAAUGCUUCCAAAGGGCCCGAAACAUUCAAUAACACGAAUCUGUGGAUUCUUUAAUAAAAUCUGCCAACGUGUAAUUGAUCGAGAAAGUAUGUUGGAAAUUGAAAAGGAGGUAAUCGAAACACUAUGCCUUUUUGAGAGGUAUUUUCCUCCUUUAUUCUUUGACAUCAUGACUCAUUUGGUCAUUCAUUUGGGUCGUGAAGUUCGUUUGUGUGGACCCGUUCAAUUUCGUUGGAUGUAUCCAUUCGAAAGGUACAUGAAGACUCUAAAAGGGUUUGUUAGAAAUCAGUCACGUCCAGAAGGGUGCAUUGUAGAGCGUUAUUUAGCCGAAGAAUGCAUCCUCUUUUAUAAGAAUUGUGUUCAAGGUUCAACAAGACUUGAUGAUAAACAACGUCGGAAUGAAGAAUUUAACAAUGAUAUCAUUCUCGAAGGACGUCCAAUAUCUACUGGAAAGGAAAUUACAUUAUCUGAUGAAGUGCUCAACCUUGCACAUCAAUAUGUCUUGUUCAACACAAAAGCAGUUGAACCAUACAUAGAAAUGCAUAGGAACGAGUUGAUCCUUUCAAAUAAAAGACUUGCAAAUGAUGACACUCAAGUAAUGAAGGUUCACUCAGAACAAUUUCCUAUUUGGUUGAAAGAGAAGAUUUCAUUGGAUGUUGGUAACAGAAAAGACUCAGAUAUAUUGAAAUGGCUUGCAAAUGGACCACGCAAGACCGCAAUGUCAUUUUUAGGUUAUAUUAUAAAUGGUCAACGGUUCCAUAUUAAAAGCAUAGAAAGAUCGACUCAAAAUAGUGGUGUUUCAAUUGAUGCAAGUUCAAUAUGUAGAUCAAGUGAUGGAGAUGGAUCUCCAAAGUUUGAUGUGGUUACAUAUUAUGGAGUCCUAACCAAAAUAAUUUUAUUAGAUUACUAUGUCUACCGACUUCCAAUGUUUAAGUGUGAUUGGGCAAAAAUCCAUAAUGGUGUUAAAGUUGACGAUGGAUUUACACUUGUUAAUUUGCAUCAAAACCAAAGUCAAUUCUCAAGCGAGCCAUACAUUCUUGCAUCACAAGCUAAACAAGUUUUUUAUGCAAGAGAAAAUGACAAUUCUCCUUGGUAUGUUGUAUUGAAAGCACUACCGAGAGGAUUUCAUGAAUUAGACAAAUAUGAUGAGAAUGUUGAUACAAGCUUUGUGAUUGACGGAUCCUCCCUAGCGCUUGAUGAUAUUGAUGAUGAGUUUGAAUGUCGCAACAAUUCACGGGACGAUUGUGAAGGCAUCUUAUUAUGA